CCUGUGGCAGAUGGAAAAGCAGCGUUAGUUGCAACGUCUGAUUCGGUUGGCUUAUGAUUAUUGACUUCUAUGUGAUUUAUCGAAACCUCUUAAUCAUCAUCAUAGUGGAAUUCUGCGUUUGGGAUAACAAUUUCGUCAGAAACAUUCAUCGGAGUCAGCCAAAAUGUGAGCAGAGUGCCCGAAUGCCGCCUUCUUCUUCCUCGAAUGAUCAAAUUGGAGCGAUAAUUACGUAAUGGCGGCGACGCCAGCAGCCAAUCAGAACGCAGCUUACACACAGAACAAAUCGGCUUGCUUUUGCUAUUCGCGUCGGGCCAAAGACGAAUUUUAACGCAAUUGGAACGGACUUCUGCGAGAAAAUAGGCCUUAAGUGAGUGAAUAACGAGUAGAGCAACUCGCCGAGCGAUCUGCCGGUAGUUCGCGGUGAGGGAGUUGGUGCGGGUGCGACCUCGUGUCCUAGGUCGAUUCGCACUAGCGACAGUGUUAGUGACCAUUUUGGCAAAUUACGGUGGUAUGUUUUGGAGAGGCACGUGAAAAGGUAAACAAACGAGAUGUCAUCACGGGGUGGCAAAAAGCGCGGCCGGCCGCCGAAAGCCGCGUCACUCGAGCGCCCCAAGAACAACAACAGUAAGGUGGUCAAAAAACCCAAAUACCUGCUGGGCAACGAAACCCCAAGCAGCUCGCGGGCCUCAUCGCCGGCCUCCUCCCUGGGCCGGCGAUCGUCCAAGCGGACCUCGGUUGCCGCCUCCCGACCUUCGACGACGCCGCAAAGCAGCAGCAGUUCUCAGAAGAAGAGCGGUGGCGGCGCCGCCAGCCAACGAGGCAAAAGUCGCUACGGGUACCAAGAGUUCCAUUACGGCUCCGACUUUGAAGACGAUGACUCAGCGAGCAACAAGAGCGACCUGGAGGACGACCUGGACUCUCCGGAGAGCGAGGAGGAAUCUUUCCCAGACUACGAGUCCGUGCAGGACGAGAGCGACGAGGAUUUCUCGGUCAGCAGCGAACGGUCGAAGGCGCCUCAAAGGCCUAGUCCUGUACCGCUGUGGUUACAGGAUAACAAAGACAUUCCGCCGCUGGAGCUUCCCGCCUCCUCGGAUGACCUGAUGGUGCCUCGGGAAUUUGUGAUGAAGGCCCUCUCUGUGUAUGAGGUGGUGCGACACUUUGGCUCCCUGGUGCGUCUAUCCCCUUUUCGGUUUGAGGACCUGUGCGCGUGUCUCGUGUCUGAGGAGCAAAGCCCUUUGUUAGGCGAGAUCCACAUGGCCCUGCUUCGGGCUCUUCUGCGCGAGGAGGACGCCCAGCAGACACACUUCGGGCCUCUUGACCACAGGGACAGUGUCAACAUCUUGCUUUACCUGAUUGACUCGCUCACAUGGCCUGAGGCCGUCAAGUCGUAUGUCGAGAGCGACAAGGAGUUCGUUACCUACGGCAGGGUGCAGCAAAUAGUCAGUCAUGAGGAUUACCCUUUUGUCGACAUAGGGGAUAGACUUGAGGUGCUGCAGUUCCUCACUGAUCAAUUCCUCACCAUCAAUCCGGUGCGCGAGGAUCUGCUAAGUGAAGGGAACAUUUCCUACGAUGACCACUGCAGAAUCUGCCACAGGGUGGGCAAGCUGUUGUGCUGCGAAACGUGCCCAGCUGUAUUCCACUUGGAGUGCAUUGAGCCAAGCCUACAGGAAGUGCCGAGCAGUGACUGGCAGUGUGCUUUGUGUAAAGCAAACCAGGUGACUGGAGUGACCGACUGCUCUUCGGCGCUUGAGAAGUCAAAUAUUUUGUACAGACAAGAGCACUUGGGUUACGACCGACAUGGUCGCAAGUACUGGUUCCUUGCGAGACGAAUUUUUGUUGAAAAUGAGGAGGGAGAAAUUUGGUAUUAUUCCACUAAGGUUCAAUUAGAAGCUCUGUUGAAAGAGCUAGAUGAGGAUGAAAUGGAAUCAAUGCUGUGCAGAGAGAUCAGUGACUGUCAUGACGAGAUCAUUCGUCAAAUGGAAAUCACAGAAAAGGUCACAAUUUCACAAAAAGGAAGCAAAAAGAGCUACUUGGACAGCGAGAACGCUGCAAUUUUGAAAGCUCAGAAGGAAAAAGAGGAGAAGGAAGCGAAAGAACUGGAGGCGGCCAAGGCCAGAGAGGAGGGCAUGGACGUCGAAGAAACACCAGAACCGGUUGUUCAAGAAGAAGUUGUUACUGAGGACAUAGAGACUGUGACAACUACUGAGACGACCUCAACAACUACAACCACCACAACUACGACCACAACCGCGGUGAGCAAGGAGAAAGAUGCAGGCAAGGAUGAAGCUGCAGAACACAAGUCUGAAGAGGAAGAGGAGAAUGAAACUGAAGUUAAAGAUGGCAAGCAUGUGAUCGUGACAAGAUCCAAAACAGGCAGUCUAACACCGCGAACGUUCAACAUGGAAGACCUGAGACGCAGAGCAGCGGCGUCUGAAAGCAGCAGCGACGGGCUGCGCAUGACGAGACUGAAGGCGCACCAGAUGGCGUCUGGCACGUACCUGUUCAAGCUGGGUAUGGAGGGCGGCUUCAAGAACUACGUCAACCACUAUGCGGCGAUCCCAGGUGCGCUGACAAAAGCGCAGCGCAAUGAGGAACGGGACAAAAAGCGGCAUCUGUCACACAAGUUUUCGCUUACACAGGCGUCUGAGUUCAAGUGGGGCGGCUCUGUGAACGGCACUAGGGCCGUGCUGAUCAACACUUUGCGCCAGACAGUGCUGCAGCUUGAGACCAAUAUGCAGACGGCCUUCAUGCACACCAAUUGGCCAAUGCUGAAAAAGACGUGGACUGCCUCAGUCACCGCCAGUGUCAACCCAAAGGAUCUCGCUAAGGCUCUCAUCAUCCUGCAAGCUUGUAUGAAGCCUGUUGUCUUUGCUUCUGCAUGGCACGAGUCGCUAGGUCACACACGGCUUCAGAGAUUGACUCUGAAUGAGCGGGAGGAGCGAAAGAAGUUUGAAAAGCGAGAAAAAAAGGAGAAAGAUGAAGAGGAGGAAAGAAACAGGCUCAACUUCAGCCUGGUCAAGUACACGUUAGGUCUCAAGCACCAGGUGUACAAGCAGAGGGGCGAAGAAUACCGCGUGCAUGGCCAGUGGGGCUGGUUGUGGCUGAAUCAGGCCAGGAAGUUCAGGGCCGAGAGCUGCGCCAACCUUGGUCUCAAAGCAACUCCCUCAAAAAUGAUGGUUCAAGUCAAAGAGGAUCGGGUGACAAAGAUUAUUGCUGUUGACUUCAGCGUGUACAACAAGCUGAUCGAUCGUACAGACCUGCUUACCGUUCCAGAGAGCCAGAUUCCAAAACCUGAUGGUUACGUACACACUGUAAGGCACAAGGAGAAAUCCUCUGAACCAAAAGUGAAGCCGCCAGUAAAGGAGGAAGAAGAGAUUAACGUGACAGACACUACUGAGAAGACAGUGGAGAAGCAGUCUGAUGAGCAGGUGCAAGCAAAGGAGGAAGUCAAGGAGGAAGUCGAAAUCAAAGAGGAAAAGAUGGACGUUGACGAGAGUUCAGAGACAAACACACCAACACUGAAUGAGCCUGACAAGUCUUCAGGUGGGGUCGAGAAAAUGGAAGUUGACGUGAAGGAGGAGAAAUCAGAUGAAGUCACAGAUGGCGAGGCAAAGGCAGUGGAUGUUGAAAUGAAAGGUAUAGAUAGGGAGGUGAAACCAAGAGAUGGUGAGGUGAAAGCAUCUGAUGGCGAGGUGAAGGCAGUGGAAGCCGAGGUUAAGACAGAGAAUGAGGUCAAGGAUGACAUCAAAACUGAGAAAGAAACAAAAGAGGAAACCACGUCUGAAGCCAAAGUGGAACCAAAGCCUGCUGAGACUAAGGCUGACACCCCUAAAGAAGGUGGAAGCAGCACUGGUCACCGAUUGAUAGUCUUCAGACCUGUGUGUGAAUUUGAUGAAAUUGACGUGAGCAAAGCCCUCACAAUGCCUGGAAGAUUGGCAUAUCCAAAAGUGGCCAAACCAAGCAAACUUGAUGAAUUUCUUCACCGAAGGUUGCAGCUACAGGCUGUGGAAGAAAGAACUUUGGCCCUCAGAGCUGAUAGCAAAUCUGCUCAGAAAACAGCAAAUGGCGGCGCUGAUCAGACCAAUGCCGGUGCGGUCGCGUCUUCAAAUUCGACAACGCAGGUGGUGCAACCGCCAAAGCACACUCAAGCUGAGCUUGAGCAGAUGUCAAAGGAGGUUGCACAUCACCUGGAGCUGUACUCAGCCGCGCACAAGCUCAGCAAGGACCACCCAUGCUACAAUACAGUUUGCAAACCCAACUCAAGCACUGCCAACUGCUUCUCGCCAAUGUGCUUGCAGCGGUACCGACUGCGUAAGGAACUCCUGGUGACUCUGUGCAAGGCAAAGAGCAUGGGCAUCGACAUUAACAGCAAGAUUGGCGCACAAGCGUCCGUGCAUCAGAAAACGGCGGCAGUUAAGAAGCCUGCAGACGCCACUGAAGGCAAGGUGGAGGAGAAGGUCAAACAAGAGGCGGAUGUCAAGCAGGAGGAAGAGGAAACGGUGGUGGAGAAGAAAGUGCAAGUGACAGUGACAACUACCACAACCACGCCCACCGUGACUGAAUCUACGACCACCAAGGCGAAUUCAAGCGACAGUGGCGUUCUAAAGGCAGCGCUCAGCAAGAGUCGCCAGCACAUGUCGCGGCCGCAGCCCGAGCCAGUGGACAAGCUCAGGGUCUACUCGGCGCCCAAUCCCUCAGGAAAGCUGUACCUUAAGAAGCUUGUUCGCGCCACAACGACUUCAACCCCCACAACCAACAGCACCUCUGUCUCGACCCUGAGUACUGUGCUGAGCGGCGGUGGCGGCAGGCGGAAGAAGCUGCAGGUCAAGUACCCGCUGACCUCUAAGUUCUGCAGUCAUAGUAAGAAGAGCACCAUCCUGGCGCUGUCGCACCAUGAGCUCCGUAAGAUGGCUCGCAAAUGCGGCUACACUUACGUGCAUGGAUUCAGCCACACAGCUAAGGCCAAUCAAUCUGUCUGGCCAUACCCCUGCCCCAGACCCCUAUUCAAGACUUGCUGGAUGUACCGCAUGACGCUCGCCACUUCGCUCGCCACCGUCGCCACGCAGCUGAGGAUCCUUUGGCACUGCCUUCGCUGGGAUGAUAUGCAGACAAAACCACCAAACAGCGACGGGAAGAACCAGGUGACGACAGACACUGAAAUAACUUCGACCGAGUUGCUGAAGCACAGGCACAUUGGCCAGUUUUUGGAGAAGACUCAAUACUUGCGAAGGAAAGUGGUAAUUCCCAUAGAUCUGCCGAAAGCGGCUAGAGAAGUGACGUCAAUGCGAGUUGGCCUUCGAAAACGGAAACGCGAGGAGGCACCGCAGAACACAGAGCCUAAGGUAAUCGAGGACUGGAUCGACGAGGACAAGUUGGAGCUGUGGGAGAUCAAGCAGUACAGUGACAGGCUCGCAAGGGCUAAUAACCUGGUUGUUACUAGGAGUCGAACUGGCUCCUCAGCCCCUACCAAGACUACAGGUGCAACAGAGCAGCCCUCCACCCCGAAUUCUGUGGUGGCUAAGCAAGAGGUGGCCAAGGUGCAGUCCGCUGAGGAAAUCAAGCAGCAGCUUGAGCAGAAUCUCAAACUGCAGAGAGCCGCUUUGCAGCAGAAGCGAGCCCUUGACGGCGUUUCGCCAAAACCGAACAUUCUCAAAAUGGUCACCUCCCCAAGUCAGGCGGGCGCUGCGACAAACGCGGCUGCAACAAAGCAGACGACGACAACGACGACACCUGGGCAGAAGGCUGCUUUCACUCGCGUGUUCUUGUCAAAGGAUGGUUCAACUCGGGUGAUAGGUUCGCAAGCCAACAUAUUGCCAAAGGCGGUUGCGGCGGUUGGCGGUGCUGCGAGCGGACAGCAGCAGCAGUCGCUGAUUCGACUGACGUCUGGCACGGCGACACCGCAGACACCACCAACGCAACAGAAGGUGCAGAUCAUUCCGGGCCCAGACGGCAAAUACCAAGUGCGUGGCCUGCUGCCCGGCCAGCAGCUGGUGCAGCUGCCUGGAGGCAAGAUACAGGUCAUGUACACGCAGCCUGCCAGCCAGGCAAUCUCCCCCGCCACACCCACCAUUCUUAAGACAGUGACGGUGUCCGCGCCGACACCCUCCUCGCCGCUCACAACCAAGACGGCUCUGGCCGCUGGCGGUAAAAUAGCCAGUCCCACAACGACACUUGCAUUGGUGCAGCAGUCGCCGCAGACUACCAUGGCUGUCGCCCAGGCCACGCAAGCCUCAACAGUCGUUGUCUCCACGCCAGGACCCACUGUCAAGGUUGUGACUGCUCCUACAAACAUGGUCAAGACGAACCUUCUCGCUCAACAGCUGAUGGCCUCUCCCACAGGCGGUUCAAACACGCCGCGCCAAGUAGUCAUCAGACAAGCCACUCCCGGCUCUACCCCUAGUGUACAAAAAAUUGUGUCCGCCACAGGUGGGCAAGUGAUAAUGGGCAACGCCCAGGUGUUCACGUCCAUCGGACAGCAAUUGGUUGUGCAAGGAGCUGCGGGCACCACUACUGGCCAGCAAAUCAUGAUAGGCGGGCGCUUCCUCAAUGGACAGCAGGUUCUCAUUCGUGGGCCGAAUAACACCCUGAUGACCCUGGCUGGCAGCCCUGCUCAAAGCAACAUGAUAGUCAAAACUGUGAGUGCGCCUGCCGCUGGCCAGAAGGUGGUGCAGAAGCCCAUCGUUGUACAAAAGCCUACUGUGCCCGUUGUGCAGGCGGCAACUGUGGUGGCGGCCUCACCUGCUACCACUGUCGUCGCAGCUUCAACAGAGCAGGCGGCUAGUCAGACGACGCCCCCCGCCGCCAAGGUGGUAGCCAGGGUGACCCCUCCAGCUGCGGCCACGGCGACAGCAGCCACACCCCAGUCACCAGCCGCCGGCACCGCUGGCCAACUGCCCCGGCUGACAAACACGCCGACUGCGCAGGUGAUACAGACACCCAACGGCCCCAGUAUAAUCCUACAGGGCCUCAAGGGCAACUUCACUGAGCAGCAGUUGAAUGCCCUCAAAGAGCAGGUCAAACAGCAUAUGCUCAAGCAGCAGGCCAACAAGCAAGGUACCAACACCAUGGUCGUCACCAUGCCCAUGGCUACCACGACGCAGCCAGCGGUUGCAGCCCAGCCAACGGCUGCCACCCAAGCAGCUUCCACACCCCCUGUCACCCCUCAAACGAUAGUCAAGACGGUUGUGGCCCCCGUGCAGGCCACUGCCGCCGCGGCCGCCACUGAGCAACCCAAGGUGCUGGUGCAGGCGGCCCAACCAGAGACCAAGGCUGCCCCCAAGCAAGAGCAGCCAGCCCUGCAGCAGGUGGCCCGCCAGGUGCUGGUCAACGGCCAGUCCACGCAGCCUGAUGAGCCCGCUAACACCUCCACAAGCAAGAAUGACAAGGGCGAGUUUGUCAUAACCCCUGAUUACAUUCAGCAGACGAUCAAGUCAGCCCUGAAGCAGGACAACCUUCCGCCUGAGAUCGAGGAAAAGCUGCUGCAGAUGCAGCGCUACCAGGAGCGGCAAAUGAAGGGACCCGCGGCCGCGGUGCACACGGCCGCGCCAGCCCCCGCCACCCCCACUAGCAGGCCUAGCCACUCACGCAAGAGGAAUGCGAGCAGCACACCGGCGGCAGCGGCCGUUGCCCCAGAGGCCGAAGCACCCAAGGACCCUAAUUGGGAGCCGGCCCGCAAGAGGAGUGGCAACCGCCACACUGCUACUGGCGCGACCGCCACGGCGGCUACCGCCUCAGCCACUGAGCACCAACCAAAGGAGGCAAAGGAGGAAAAGGCUACGUCUUCUGGUGCGGCGGCGCCUACGGCCGCAGCUGCGGCGUCAACGGCAACCGCGAGCGGCGGAGGACGGUCGCGAAAGAGCUGGAAGGAGCAGCAGGAGGAAAAGAAGGCGGCGGCAGCAGCACUGCAGUUGAACAACCUGCUGUUCCGAUCAACAGAGUCGCUGCGCAAGGAGGCGACUAAGAAGCGCGCCAUGCUGGAGAAGGAGCUGCUGUCCGAAAUACAGCGUGAAGUGGCCGUCGAGUUGGCCGCCCGCACGCUUGCCGAGCGCAAUAAGCAGGAUGAGGUGCGCACCACUAAGCGCAAGGCCCAGUCCCAGCAGCCGCAGCCGGCCAAACCCUCCACGACGUCCCCGGCGGCGGCCACGGUAUGCAAGACGCAGCCCAAGAAGCGCCAGAAACGGUCCAACUCGCCAGGGGGCGGCAUCAGUACUGGGGGCGGCAGCCGCGGCAUAAAAAAAGAGAAGUUGCUGUGCUCGUGCCGCACACCAUACGAUGACACCAAGUUUUAUGUCGGCUGCGACAUGUGCAACAACUGGUACCAUGGUGACUGCGUCGGCAUCACUGAGCAGCAGAGCAAGAGCCUCUCUGAAUUCGUCUGCAACGAGUGCAAGCACGCCAAGGACACCAAAGUUCUUUACUGCCUCUGCAAGAAGCCCUACGACGACUCCAAAUUUUACAUCUGCUGUGACAGUUGCCAAAACUGGUUCCACGGACGUUGCGUUGGGAUUUUGCAAGUGGAAGCAGACGGUAUUGACGAGUACGUUUGCCCGAAUUGCGAGGGUAGCUCGGAGAUCAAUAACGCUAAUAUGAGGACCCUAUCUUCCAAAGACAAUGAACUUUUAAAGAAGAUGAUAAAACAAAUACAGGCACACAAGGCUGCGUGGCCUUUCAUGGAGCCUGUGGACCCGACAGAGGCGCCCAACUACUACAGAGUCAUUGAAGAGCCAAUGGACCUUCAAACUAUAGAACUGAAAGCCCACGAACAGAGAUACAAGAAGCUCUGCAACUUUAUUGGAGAUAUGACCAAGAUUUUCGACAACUGCCGCUUCUACAAUCCCAAAGAGUCGCCCUUCUACCGGUGCGCCGAAAGCCUCGAAACCUUCUUUGCCCAGAAGCUGAAGAUGCUGCGGGCCAAGAUGCUGGAGACAACGACCAACUGAGAAUCUCUGUCGCUCUCUCACCAGUGAAGCGGUUCAGUACAAAGACGUGUUAGUUGAAAAAAGUGCAAAGACCACGUUAGUGGAGAGCAACCAACAAACAAGAAGUGAAGAUAAAGCACCUCUUCUCCCUCCUACUGCUUAGUCCUUUCUUUCAUUUUUACUUUGAUGACAUUACACGCGCUAAAUACACAAAUAAAAACACAUGCCAGCAGCACAUCUCGUCUCAUGUUUUUCCUCUCCCUCUCACACACACACACACACACACUUAUACACACACAAAGACUGGCAUUUCUGUACAUUUUGGGAUGUUUUGUUUUAUUUAUUUGAGCCAAAUCUUCUCUCAUCUGUUCGAUUGUUGACUUUAUGUGCUGCUGCUGCUGCCACAGAGAAUUAUAAAAUGAAAUAUUUGAAAUAAAAAUCAUAAAAUUAAUAAAA